UUUUCUGUUAGUUCUCAGUCGGCUUUCGUUCAGACGGUAGUUUUUGAGUGGUCGCUCACUCACUCACUUAGUUACCUAUCUAAUCGUGCAAGACGCACUCUGCAUCACCAUUCGUCUAUUUAUGUGUAAUAACCGGGUGUCAUGUCAGAGUUGUGGGACAAAUCUCAAAAAGACUGGAUUAAAAAUAUGUGGUUGAAUUACAAGCCUCAGAAUCAAAACAACAACGAGAGUUUGUGGAGUCGAGUGUCAGAGAUAGUGGGCAUGUUCAAUACGGAGGGAGGAGGAGGAGGUGCCGGAGAGGAGAGAAACGUGGCGGUGGGAACCGAAUUUUGUCAGAAGACAUUCUCGCAGAAGAAUACCUAUCAGAACCACUUGCGGUCUCACGGCAAGGAGGGCGAAGACCGUUACCAAUGCAACUACUGUGGCAAAACAUUCGCCGUGCCAGCCCGUCUCACGAGACACUACCGCACGCAUACGGGCGAAAAACCUUAUCAGUGCGAGUACUGCAAGAAAUCGUUUUCAGUGAAGGAAAAUCUGAGUGUGCAUCGGCGCAUUCACACGAAGGAGCGACCGUACAAGUGCGACAUCUGUGAGCGCGCGUUCGAACACAGCGGCAAGCUGCACCGGCACAUGCGCAUCCACACCGGCGAGCGGCCACACAAGUGUGCCAUCUGUCAGAAGACAUUCAUCCAGAGUGGCCAGCUCGUCAUUCAUAUGCGCACGCACACCGGAGAAAAGCCCUAUGUCUGCAAGAGCUGCGGCAAGGGAUUCACCUGCUCCAAGCAACUCAAAGUUCACAGUCGAACACACACCGGAGAAAAGCCAUACUCCUGUGAGAUUUGUGGAAAAGCUUUUGGCUACAACCAUGUUCUCAAGCUACAUCAGGUCGCUCACUUUGGAGAAAAAGUCUACAAAUGCACCAUCUGUAAUCAAACGUUCACCUCGAAGAAAACAAUGGAAGGCCACAUCAAGAGUCACUCUGAGCCGGCAGCACCGGCACACUCCACCCGACCUGAGGAGAGGUCUCCUGAUGUCGCCGAGUCAUCGUGUGCCUCAUCAACAAGUGACAAAGAAAACAAAAUGGACACGCCAGAUAGAAUAAGGGUCAAUAUUCCAUCUGCUGACUCUUACUCAAACACCUAUAUCAUUCAAAAUAAUAAUAAUAAUAACAACAACAAUGCAGCCAUAAACAAUAGGAAAGAUGAGAGGAGUGAAGCUGCUCCAUCUGGUUCUGCUGUUCCUCAGCAGCCGCAUCCGAACAUCAAAGAGCUGUGCCAAUACCUGUACCCGCGCUCGAGUGGGUCGCCCACCCAGCAGCAGUCACUGUCCUCAGGACUGAACCCCACCCUGCUGGCGGUGGUGGCCGCAGCCGCCGCCAACGAGGAGAGGGAGGAGCCAGCCAGUCAUCGCGACAUCGUGCUCAUGUCACCGGUGCCCUCCACUUCGCACCCGAUCGAGACAUCGUCGCUGCCGGUCACCGAGCCGCCCGUCUACCUCAACCCCGACCCGAUGGCCAGCAUCCAGCGGCGGCCGGCCUAUCAGUACCAGCUGCAUCCUCUGCCCGAGUGCCUGCAGCAAAGCAGACCUGUGUUCAUCCGCGGCGGGGAUGCGGCCAGUGAUGAUGGCUCAGACCCCCUGUACUCCCCUCCCAGCAGCAACCCGGUCAGUCCUGUGCCGUCAUCCUCGCCCGAACUGGUCGCCAUUCCCGAACUAGACGUCGCCAUUCCCGCAGUUUUGCUGCCCCUCAGAAAGCGCUCCAAGAUGAUCCUCAAGUCAAUGGAGAGCGAGGUGGCUGCUGUCCGGUACAGCUCAGUCAUUCACUAUGCCAAGGCCUCCUAAACAUUGCAACAUGCAACAGGCCUCAGCUCGCUGCAGACUGAUACCAGCUGUGAUACGGUGCGGUGCGGUGCGGUGUGAGUUGUUUCCCACGCUCUUGUGCUGCUGCUUCUCCACUCCACACAUUCAUUACUAAAUAAAACUAUCUCAGGCGGAAUUGUGCAAUAAAAUGUCUCAUCAUAGACAGUAAAUUUGAAUAUUUUUAAACAAUUUUCUGGAACAUUAAUUUCGUUCUUCAAAUAUUAAAAAGUAUAUAAAUUAUCAUUUUUAAUACCAGACAAAUUUCAAUAAAUUAUUCAUAUCCUUUUUGGGAAUAUCUAUUCUAUCAUCGUUAUUUCAUAAAUUGGCUGAAAAAAAUACUGGAGAAGCCUGAAGUGUUGCUUUGUGGCACUCAGGGAAGGCUAAGUCUUACGACCACUGCCAAUCAAUAAUUAUUAGAAACAGCAUUAAUAUUAUUGUACCUAAUAAUCAUCACCUCACUAGUAAUCAUAAUGAAUUCUCAUUAUUGUUCAUCUUGUACUGUGUAAAUGAUUGUAGCUAUUGUAUAUUUUAGCAAUUGAUAGAAUGCACUACCUCAGUACUAUGAAGUACCAUGUUUUUGAUUUUCCAUGCUAUAGUGUGUACUUAGAUUAUAAAAUGAUUGUGUAUCGUAAGAAAAUAAGUAUUUAGAAUUCUGAUCCUAAAAUGUUUUGUAUAUCUUGUAAGUUUAAAUCAAUGAUUAUUUAAUUGCAAUGAAGUACAUGGAGAUAACUUGUUAUUUGUUCGAUUAUCAUAAAAAUUUCCUCCAAUGCAAUAGUGACUGUAUCUGGAUGGAUAUAAAAGCUUUAUUGUAAAUAUAAAACCCAUUAAUAUACCUCACAGGCCAAUUCUUGUUACUGAACUCCAUAUUUAUUGAUUCUAAUUUUAUUUAAUUUAUAAAUACUGAAUUAUUAUUUUUACUGAUUAUUAGAUCAAAUCUAUUUGUUAAUAGAGUAUGUGUGAUCCCAAAACUGAUAUUCCAGAGAUAUUAUCCUUUUUUAAUACUCAUAUUUGUAUUUUGACACUUGAAUAUGAUAUUGAUACCUAUGUGAAUUGGUAAAUGUUUUUGAAAUUGAUCUCACCAAUCAUGAUGAAAUUGCGAAUUGAAUCAUUUUAUUUAUUUGAAUAGCUGGAAACUUGGAUUUUGCUAAAGAUUUCAAGUAAAAAGCGUUGAUUCAUGUAUGGUACAUAAAUUAUGUACAUUUUAGGUUUUUCCCCUUUUGUUUUGUUAUUAAUACGUUUUCAUCUUUGAACGUAUAUCUGAGCUAGCAGUUUAUUUUAUUUAUUUAAAAUUGUGAAAGUCUACCCAAUAUUUUUUUUUUAAAUAUUAAUAACUAUUUUCAAAAAUUGAUAUUAAAAAAUAAUCAUAUCAUACGAAAGUCUUAUUACCCUAUUAAAAAAAUUCAUUUCAACAGCUUGAAAUAAAAGUAAUCACCACUUUAUAUAAAAGUUGCAUGAAAUGCAUACAAUUUUCUUUCUAGAGUAAAAUUAUCUCUUGAUUAUCUCAAUUUCAGUUGAACAUUUUUGUUUUUUUUUCUAGUUGGUUUUUUGUAAAAGAUAUCAAUCAUUAUGAUUUUGUAAGCAUACUAAAUUAUAGGUAGUCAACUUGAUUUCUCCUUAAUUCAAAACAAAUUCUCAUUUGCUGAAUGAUAUAUUUGAAAUGUUCUGACUAUUCAAUCUACUGAUCUUUUUUAUACCUAUCCAACCUCUAAAUAUCAUACAUUGUUCAGUAAAUAAUAUCGUUGAACAAUAUUUAUUGUAAAGAAUCAUUGUACAUCACUUUUCUUCAAAGUAUCUUGCUUUGUACAAAGUUUCCUGUUUUAUGCAAGACUAAAAUAAUCAGAUAACUAUUGUUUCUCUUGAACGAGUAUCAAUGAAAAUAUGAGUUCAUCUAAUGUUUAAGCAUAAUGAGACUGUAAAUUGUUAUUACUAUAUGACUAUUGUAUAUGUAUAGUAAUUUAGAUAUUUGUCCUAUGAUAAGACUUGGAACUGUUGUUUAUAUGAUACAAAAGAACUGAUACCGUGUUAACGGUAUAUUAAUAAAUAUGCUUUCAUAUCAA